GGAUAUCCCAGUGACGGGCAAUGGAUAAGCGGACUAAGGUGGAAAACUCGUUAUUAAAGAACUAAAGCGCAUACAGGUAGCAUGAGAUGACUGAGUUCUUAAAGGUUUACUAUAGCUUGGGUCGCUCGGUAGUGUGACAAACUGCAAAAUGAUUUACGGAUUACUGAUUGCGACUUUGGUUGCAGCCUGCCAUUCACAUUUUUACCACGGAUGGUAUCCACCACCUCCACCACCACAACCACCUCAUCAUUACACUAUUCACCCGAGUCGGCCUCUGUGGGAGUGGCACAGUACUGGGCAGUAUGAAUACCCUGACUACCAUAAAAACGGACAUAUUCAAGAUGGUUCUCAUCUUACUAAAGCUAAAGAGGAAAAACCUAUUGAUAUCAUCGAAGAAGUCUUCGGUGAAGACAGAGCGGGACCAGCUAACCAACAAGAGCUGCCGAGUGCGCCAAUGUAUAAUGAAACCAACAAUCCUUGUACCAAGGAAGUCAAGAGGAAGACUUACAACAGACCAGGAAGAAGAAUCAGCGAUGAAAUGUGCCUGCAAUACAUAAGCGAGAUGAAAGUAAGAGAAGCCGAAGCACAGAACAAAAGAGAUUGUACAGCAUAUUAUCAAGAGCUACUCGGCACUAAAGUAGAAGUAUCUGUUGUCGGCGGUCGUGUUGCUGAGGCAGGGGAGUUCCUGCACAUGGCAGCCAUGGGUUGGAAAGGAGUGGAUGGAGGGUGGGUAUUCAAGUGCGGUGCAUCCAUCAUCAGCGAGAAGUUCCUGGUCACAGCCGGCCACUGCUCUAGGUCACCCAGGGACCCCAAGAUAUCCAACCAGGACCCUGAGAUUGUCAGGAUAGGAGUGAAGGAUUUGGGAGAUAAAGCAAAAUUUUACCCAAAGGAUGUUAAAAUCUCUAGAAUUAUCCGUCACCCAAGCUACAAACCUCCUAAGCAGUACUUUGACAUCGCUCUGUUAGAAGUGGAGAACAGGAUCGGCUUUGAUGCCAACGUGCAGCCAGCAUGCUUGUGGAACCUUGGUACUGGUACCAUCAGGAAUAAGGUGGUGGCAUCCGGUUGGGGUGCCACUGAAGCAGCUGGCAAAACCACCACCACGCAGCUCCAAGUUGGUGACCUGGACCUGGUGGCGGAUAACACCUGCAACGAGCUGCUGCGGCCAAGGUGCAGCCACAGGUGGUGCGGGCUGCAGGACCACCAGGUCUGCGCUGGCAAGCUGGACGGUGGAGUCGAUGCUUGUAAGGGUGAUUCCGGAGGACCUCUUCAGUUCAAAAUCGAGCUGCCAGCAUCAGUGAAGGGCAGGAUGUACUACCUGGUGGGUGUGACGUCAUUCGGCUUCGGCUGCGCGCGCGCGAACUCUCCCGGCGUCUACACAAGGGUAUCCAGCUUCACGGACUGGAUUGAAGGCAUCGUGUGGGCUAAUGCUACUCAAACAUGAUAAAAUAAAAAUAUU